AUGGGCAAGCAUCUCGCGACGUUACUGUGGACGUCGGCGGCGUUGGCCGCGGUGAGCCUGGCGCUGCCGACCAACGACAAGAGCGGAAGUGAGAACGACCUGAUGGCGACCAUAUACGCCGACUGCCUGAAGAAGGAGUCCAUCAGCUGCAUCAAGUACAAGGUAUUCACUUACGUGGACAAGAUGCUGGCCGACAAGGAGGACAUCACGCUAUCCGAGGGCAUCACCGUCGUCAAGACGUCCAACGGCGAGGAGGGUGCGCCAAGAUCUAUCGAAUCCAGCGACCUGGAUACGCUACUGUUCGAUCGGCUCGGGAGGUUCCUGAGGACGCACUCGGUGAAGGUCGACCUGAAGGGCAGCGACAUCCUGGGGGCGAUCGAGUCCGCCGGGCGCAGCUUUGAGGAUCUGAGCGACAACGCCGUCGAGAGUCGCGGCAAGAAGAAGAAGGCGCAGAAGAUCCUGGGGCCUCUGAUGAUGGCGAUGGCGCUGAAGGCCGCGGCGCUGCUGCCGCUCGCGCUGGGCGCGAUCGCGAUGAUAGCCGGCAAGGCGUUGCUCGUGGGCAAGAUCGCCCUCGUGAUCUCCGCCAUAAUCGGGCUGAAGAAGCUCCUCGGCUCGCACCAGAAGCACGUGACCUACGAGGUGGUGUCGCACCCGCAUCACAGCAGCAGCCACAUCGUCAGCCACGACGACGGUCACGGCGGCUACGGGGGCGGCGGCGGCGGCGGUGGCGGCGGCGGUGACUACGGCGGCUACUCCGGCAGCAGCGGACACGGCUGGGCCAGGAGUCUGCCCCAGGACGCCCACGAGAUCGCCUACCGCGCCCACCAGCCGCAGGCGCAGGCUGCCUGAUCGCGUCCACCGCGCGACCUCUCGCCUCGCUUCUCCCCUGCGUCCUUUUCCAACCCCUCGUCACCCUUCUUUCAUUUCGCUCGCUUCCUCCAUCGCGUUUCUUCCUUCUUCCGGUCCCCCCUCCGCCCUGUUGUCUUCUCCUCCUCUCCACUUGUGUCCCGCUGCAAUGUGUAAUAUUUAUUUCGUUUCCCGUAUCUACUACUGUUACUACUGCUGGACUUCCUGUUCUGGUUCUCGACGGCCUUCCGGCGACGCGUGACUCCCCGAAAUCGCCGCGCGCGAAACCUCC